GGACAAAAGAGAAGUCGUCGACGCCGCCAUGGAUAGGCUUUUGCAACCACCGUCUUCUCGCACAAUUGCUCCAUCCAAACCACAAUCAAGACCAUCUCCGUUACUCCCCCGUCUCCACUCGCCGAGUCUUAGCUUUACCUCCUCUCGCCGUCUCGAGUCACGCCGAAUCAGCUCCAUUUCCUGCUUCUUCCGCCAGAAUCCAUCACCGGAUACAUCUCCAGGAUUGAAUCAGAGUAGUAAUUUCUCGAUUCCUUCUCCUGAAACCGAUGUGUCGAAACCUAAUCCAGGAUUUAUCCAACGGAUCGUGAGCAGUUUUGAGCAGCGCAAGACCAUAUCGGCUGGAAUGGUCAUAUUAGUCUCUGCUGUAGCUGCGCUUUUGCUUAAUCCCAUUCUUGCGCCGCCUGCUUUCGCUAGCUUUCAAACGGCUACUAAUUCGGGUGGAGCUGCUGUUGGUGGGAAACUUCUCAGGACUGAAGUACUGACAAGUGCUUGGACUGGUUUCUUUGCGGGUUGCUUACACACGUUAUCUGGACCUGAUCAUCUUGCUGCUUUGGCUCCACUUUCGAUUGGGCGGACGAGAAUGGAGAGUGCUGCAGUUGGAGCUCUUUGGGGAUGUGGUCAUGAUGCUGGUCAACUUAUCUUUGGUCUAUUGUUUCUGCUUCUAAAAGAUAGGCUUCAUAUUGAAGUUAUAAGAACUUGGGGUACAAGAGUCGUUGGCUUGACUCUCCUUGUGAUUGGUGCUAUGGGAAUCAAAGAAGCUUCUGAGAUUCCGGAACCAUGUGUUGUUACCUUGGAGAAUGGGGAAACAGAUGAGAAAAGCUCAAAGAAGAAAAAGAUAGGGUUUGCGACAUUUGCGACUGGGAUUGUUCACGGCCUGCAACCAGAUGCUCUGAUGAUGGUAUUGCCUGCACUGGCUCUUCCUUCUCGGAUAGCCGGUGCUUCAUUUCUCAUCAUGUUCUUGAUUGGGACGGUGAUUGCAAUGGGAAGCUACACAGUGUUUAUCGGGUCAUGUAGCGAAGCGUUGAAAGAGAAGGUUCCUAGGAUCACAGAGAAACUAACGUGGGCUUCUUCUCUUGUGGCCAUUGGACUUGGAUUGGCAAUUAUUGUCAGCCAGUUCUUUGGAUUCAGCCUGUAUUGAGACAAACAUCGUCAAGUCUUUGUAGCUCUCUGUAGGAUAAGAUUUUUGCCUGUACCAACAAAUUUGUAUCUUGCUUCGGAAUCUUUUUUUUCUUUUUUUCUAUCGAAUAGAAGUUUGAGUUUGGC